AUUAGGUUUCGGCAACCGUGUCACUCUAUAAAGUCUCAUGGGGAACAUGCAUGCAGAGAGAAAACCAAUUCAAAAGAGAAGCAAGUAUCUUAAAGAGGGGGAGCAACACAGUUAUAUCUACCACUAACACUUUAUUGCCUCUCUCUUUCUCUUAAUAGUAUAUGAAAAACCAAAUUCUACAUUCUAAACUCGUUUCAGUAUCCAAAACCAUGAGAUUCUCAACCUUAGCCUUUCUCUUAUUGUUGGUGGUACAAGAAGCCACUUGCUUCAGCAAACACACACCACUGCCUCAUUUCAGGAACAAACUUAAGGAUAGAAUGGCCUCUGCCCUCUCCCAACCACCAUCUCCAUCUCCAUCUCCAGAUACAAAAAAUAGUGGUAGAGUGGUGUACCCAAGUGAGUAUGGUGCAGACCCCACAGGAGCAAAAGAGAGCAGUGAUGCCAUUCUGAAAGCAGUGGGAGAAGCUUUUGGGUUGGAGAGUGGACUUGAGAUGCUUCAAGGGAUUAAGGAUCUUGGAGGGGUUGUGAUUGAUCUGCAAGGUGGAAACUACACUAUCAGCAAACCCAUCACAUUUCCUUCCUCUGGUGGUGGCAAUGUUGUGGUAAAAGGAGGAACAUUGAGAGCUUCUGAUUCAUUCCCCACUGAUAGGCAUCUUGUUGAGUUAUGGUCAUCAAAUUCCAAAAAGCAUCCUAAAACAUCAGUUAUCAGCAGCACAAAACUUCAGCAACCAAAUGGUAUUUACUAUGAAGACAUAACAUUCAGAGACAUUCUCUUUGAUUCUGGCUUCAGGGGUGGAGGCAUAUUCAUUGCUGAUUCAGCCAGAACAAGGAUCAACAACUGCUUCUUCCUGCACUUCACCACAGAAGGGAUUCUAGUCCAAGGGAGCCAUGAGACCUUCAUCUCAAGCUGUUUCCUUGGGCAGCACUCAACAGUUGGUGGGGACAAAAGGGAGAGGAAUUUCACUGGCACUGCCAUUGAUCUUGCCAGCAAUGACAAUGCCAUCACAGAUGUUGCAAUCUUUUCUGCAGCCAUAGGGGUUGUUCUGAGGGGUCAGGCCAACAUGGUCACUGGGGUGCAUUGUUAUAACAAAGCCACAGGUUUUGGUGGCAUUGGCAUUUUGGUCAAACUGCCUGGAUAUUCACAAACUAGGAUUGAUAAUUGUUACAUGGACUAUACAGGUAUAGUGCUGGAAGAUCCUGUUCAAGUUCAUGUGACUAAUGGGUUUUUCUUGGGGGAUGCUAACAUAGUUUUGAAGUCAAUUAAAGGAAAAGUUUCUGGUUUGAAUAUAGUUGACAAUAUGUUCUCAGGGAACUCCAAAAGCAAGGUUCCAAUUAUAACUCUAGAUGGUGAAUUCAGUGAGAUUGAUCAAGUGGUGGCUGAUAGGAACAAUGUGAUGGGGAUGAGUUUGAGAUCAACGGUUGGGAAGUUAAGUGUGGCAGGAAAUGGCACAAAGUGGGUGGCUGAUUUUUCAAAUGUUCUGCUAUUCCCCAAUCGGAUUAGUAAUUUCCAGUAUUCAUUUCAUGCACAAGGGGAGGACAAGUUCUUGGCACAUUCUGUGACCAAUGUCACUAACAAUGUUGUAGUUGUGGAAAGUGAAAAACCAGCUCAAGGGCUUGUUUCUUUCUUGGUUGAACAAUAAGUUGUAUAUGGGUUUUUUGGGUCUUCUCCAUAUCUCAUAAAUAAAAUUGUGA